AUGGGAGACCAGAUGCUGCUAGAAGUGGUGUUGGAGGGCCAGUGGGAGGCGCUCUUUCCUCUGACCUGCUCCACUCCGUACCAAGCCUGCCACAUCACCAUGGACACAACGGAAUAUAAGACAUGCUUAACCGUUUUUACCCUCUUCGGUGUCCUGUCGAUAUGCUGGUGUGCCCCUCAACGGUUCUGCGAGCCUGGAGGCGACAAUUCGGGAAGAUGCAACAACGGUCCAGAUGAAGAAAAACCAGCAGUGUGUUCAGAGAUUAACCUGGGUUACUGCAACGACCUGGACUACUCCAGGACCAUCUUCCCUAACAUCCUAGGUCAACAGUCUCGUCACGAGGUGGAGUCUGGACCUGAGUACCUCCUCCUCUCUGUGAUCCACGGUCUCCUCAAUGGGGAGUGUUCCCCCGACAUCCGUCUGCUGGGGUGCUCCGUACUCGCCCCGCGCUGCCAAGAACUACCCAGCCCCGCACCCGUCAAGUCAUGCCGCAGUGCAUGUGAGGCAGUGAGGAAGGGGUGUGGCCACGCGUUCGAGGGCAUCGACAUGGCGUGGCCUUACUUCCUAGACUGUGACCGAUUCUUCGCCGGCGAACAGGAAGGCUGUCACGACCCGUUGGCCCCGUUAAGAGCCAGACAGGAAGUGGUUUUCUCCAACCUGUCUCCAGACGAACCCUCCACCAUCAUUCAGUUCACGUACCACUCCAACGCCCAGAUGUACAGCGUUCUGAAGAGGACUGCGGCCAAGUGCUCUCACAUCUCCCGCACCUACAGUAUCGGACGCAGCACAGAGGGGAAAGACCUUCUGGCCAUAGAGUUCACAGACAACCCCGGAGGCCAUGAACUGUUGGAACCGGAGAUCAAGCUGGUUGGCAACAUGCAUGGCAACGAGGUCCUGGGUCGUCAGUUGCUGCUCUACCUGGCCCAGUACCUGUGUUCAGUAUCUCCUUGGCAACCAGCGUAUCAGACGCUCGUGAACACCACGCGCAUCCACAUCCUGGCAUCCAUGAACCCCGACGGUUAUGAGCUGGCGGCCGCCGAGGUAGAGGAUAGCAACGACCCGGAACAACAACCACACCACAACCAGGAAGGUCACGAGCUCAACGGUUGGACGGUGGGUCGCACCAACGCUCAGAACCUAGACUUGAACCGGAACUUUCCUGACCUUACGUCUAUCCUCUACCGGAAUCGCAGGAUCAAACGCUUCCGCACAGACCACAUCCCCAUCCCAGACUCUUACUGGUUUGGUAAGAUAGCUUCAGAGACCUAUGCAGUGAUGAAGUGGAUCAGGUCUGUGCCGUUUGUCCAGUCUGCGAGCCUCCAUGGCGGAGAGCUGGUGAUCUCUUAUCCCUUUGACUUCUCUAGACACCUCCAUGAAGAGAGGAUGUUCUCCCCUACACCUGAUGAACAGGCAUUUAAGCAGCUGGCACGGACAUACGCAGACUCUCACGCCAGCAUGGCCGACAACAACACAGAGAGGUGUGGAGCGUCCUUCAUCCGGAGUGGAGGCAUCAUCAACGGAGCUCUGUGGUACAGCUUCCCAGGGGGCAUGUCAGACUUUAACUACCUCCACACGAACUGUCUGGAGAUUACGGUGGAGCUGGGCUGUGACAAGUUCCCUUCUGAAGAGGAGCUCUACCCAGAGUGGCUCAGGAACAAGGAGGCCCUGCUCAGUUUCAUGGAGUCGGUCCACAGAGGUAUUAAGGGAGUGGUGAAGGAUGAAGAGGGCUAUGGAAUAAAGGGAGCGUCCGUAUCUGUCAGGGGAAUAAGGAAAGAUGUCACCACAGCGGAGGAAGGUGAUUACUGGAGGUUAAUGAACUCAGGAACUCACAUCAUAACAGCAUCAGCUAAAGGUUACUCCAAAGUCAGCAAGAGGAUUUACCUGCCUGCUCACAUGGAGAAAGCUGGGCGGGUCAACUUCGUGCUCAAAAAGGUCCCUGUUCAGCCAGUAGGACCAGACUACCACCUGUUCCUCAGAUCCUCCCUGGACACUUAUGACCGCUUCGACCCUUACAACCACUUCCAGAGCUACGGCCGCUCCGAGCCGGGAGAACCCAGGGAACCCAGGGAACCCAGGGAACCGGGGAUGGGAGGAGAACCGGGGAUGGGAGGAGAGUGGCAGGAGAAGGAGAAGCCUUGGUGGUGGAACUACUUUACUCAGGCAGGAGUCUCUGCUCCCACCUGGCUGCUACGGAACUAGAAGACUGGACAGGAUAAAGACUGAAACGGCACCCUAUUCCCUUAUUCCCUAUUCCCUUAUUCCCUCACACUAUUCCCUAUUCCCUUAUUCCCUUAUUCCCUUUUCCCUUAUUCCCUCACACUAUUCCCUUAUUCCCUAUUCCCCCACACUAUUCCCUUAUUCCCUAUGCCCUCAAACUAUUCCCUCACACUAUUUCCUUGUUCCCUAUUCCCUUAUUCUCUCACACUAUUCCCUUAUUCCCUAUGCCCUCACACUAUUCCCUCACACUACUCCCUUAUUCCCUAUUCCCUUAUUCCCUCACACUAUUCCCUUAUUUCCUAUUCCCUUAUUCCCUAUUCCCUUAUUCCCUCACACUAUUCCCUUAUUUGGUGAACUACAUUUGACCAAAGCCCAAGUGCAUUGUGGGGCGGCAGGGUAGCCUAGUGGUUAGAGCG